AUGUCAAGCGCCAAAGCCGCGCUAAAAUCCAUCAAUGACGCUAUCCGAGGCAAAGAUUAUGAUGGUGCCAUCGAGAAAGCGAAGGAAUUGGUAAAGAAGGACCAGAAGAACUACCAAGGGCUUAUAUUUCUCGCCUUUGCACUGGACAAGAAGAACCAGCUCGAAGAAGCUGAGACGUUUUACGGGCAGGCUACAGAAAUACGUCCCCAGGAUGCGCAAGCUUUUCAAGGGCUAGUCAAGUCGUACGAAAAGCAAGGAAAUAAGAAACUAGCAGAGUACCAAGGCGCCGUUGUGAGCUUGGCCCAAAUAUUUCAUGCAGCCGAUGAUCUUUAUAAGGCUCAAGAUGUCGUCGACAAGUUUAUCGAUUUUGCCAGGGUGAACGGAGAUAAGCUGCAAUACGCUGAUGCUCUUUGGAUCCAGCUGCCGGAAAGCCCUCUGUAUGGCAUUCUUGAAGGACGAUUCCCUCACCCAGAAAAAUCAUACGAGAGCAUUGCGCAUAUCCUCGAGGAAUUCGAAACUAAGCGGAUCAACACCUUGGUUGGCGAGCGUCGCACGAGGUUGGGCGCGAAGCUCAGCGAGGUGAAAGUCGAAGUCAAGCGGGAAGUCUAUGCACAAAGCAAAUUGGAGCACAUCUACCACCAGCUAAUCAACUGGACAAGCAACGAUGAAGUCCGGCGCACCUUUGAAGAAAAACUUCUAAUGUAUUGCUAUGAUCGCCUCCUUGUCACCCCUGCUGGGCCAGUGAAAGCACAGGAGCAAGCCAAGGUUUUCGGUCUUGCAAAUGACAUGGUCAUCAUCAAACACCCAUUUAAACUGGCUUGGGACAUAGCCCUGGACUGGCAAGAUUGCAAGGAUAUCAAGGACUGGGAUGUCAAUUUACUUCGAGAUUAUUGCACAUUUUUCCCAGACAACGACCUGUACAAGAUCAUUACAGCUUUUUUGUCGAGCAUCGUCUCACCUUUUGCGCCCUUGGGGGAGGAGCCGCCAAAGGCAAAAGAAACAACAAACGACGCUUCGGAUGACAGCGAAGAUGAUGAAGAUGGCGGCGUUUCAAUCGCAUACGUUCCUUUGACGGAAGAAGACCGUCUAAUGAUGAUCUCAGAGGGCAUCACUGGUACUGAGUCUGUAUUCGCCUACCGACUUGUCGGUGCCUAUUUCCUUCAGACGGGAGAAUAUGAAGGAACUGUUGAGUUCAUGAGGAAAGCUAGGGCAUUCCUGGCUAAAGAGAGAAUCAAGAUUGGGAUUUCGUAUGAAAACACCGAUGACGCAUACUCUCUCUGCCUCGCCACAUCUCUAGUUUACUUCCAAAGUCCCAGACAUCAUCAAGAAGCCAAGAGGCUCUUUGACAAAGUCCUUGAACGGGAUUCUACCUCGACUUACGCCCUCAUCGGAGUUGGACUGAUUUUUGAAGAAGAGGAGGAAUAUGAUCAAGCUAUCGACUUUUUGGAACGUGCCUUGAAGCGGGAUGAUUCCAAUUUGCGAGUCAAGUCAGAGGCUGCAUGGGUCAAGGCAUUGAAGGGCGACUGGCAAGCUGCCAAAGAUGAACUCUCCGACUGCUUGCCAACUUUACAAACGAAGGUUUCCCUACACAAAGAUUUAUUGGCAGAUACCCAGUAUCGCAUCGGCUGCUGUAUUUGGAAUUUGGAUACGAGUCGACAAGCUCGAAAACAGCGCAAGGGGGAGUGCGCAUACGCCUAUUGGCUGAGCGCGCUGAACAACAACAUGAGCCAUGCUCCUACUUACACGAGUCUGGGCGUUUUUUACAAUGACUACGCCAAAGAUAAGAAGAGGGCGCGUCGUUGCUUCCAGAAAGCGCUUGAACUGUCAGCAGCCGAAGUAGUCUCUGCUGAGAGACUAGCAAGAUCUUUUGCUGAGGAUGGCGACUGGGAAAGAGUUGAACUGGUGGCACAAAGAAUCAUUGAUUCCGGCAAAGUAAAACCACCACCUGGCUCAAAGCGAAAGGGUAUCAGCUGGCCGUUCGCUGCAAUGGGAGUUGCAGAGUUGAAUAAGCAAGACUAUCACAAAGCUAUUGUGUCAUUUCAAGCGGCGCUACGACUCUCUCCAAACGAUUAUCAUUCCUGGGUGGGUUUAGGUGAGAGCUACCAUAGCUCAGGUCGAUUUAUGGCUGCGACCAAGGCAAUUGUGAAUGCUCAGGGGCUGGAGGAGCAUCUUGGAACCGAGUUCUCUGCAGACACAUGGUUCACAAAGUACAUGCUUGGCAACAUUAAGCGCGAGCUUGGUGAAUAUGACCAGUCAAUAGCUCUGUACGAAGCUGUGAUAGAAACUCACCCCGAAGAGCAAGGGGUCAUAAUAGCCCUUAUGCAGACCAUGGUGGAUAAUGCGUUGACAUCUGUUGAGAAGGGACUGUUUGGCAAGGCUAUACAGUUAGCUGCCGACACUAUUGACUUCGCCAGCAAGACCCCAGGAGAUGUGAAAGAAACGUUCAACUUCUGGAAGAGCGUCGCCGAUGCCGCCUCUGUGUUUAGCUCAGUCCAAAGUCGUGUGACUGACUUUCCGGCUACCAAGAUCAGAGAGCUUCUGGAGGGUAGUCACCAAGAAGCCUUCGAACUGCUUGCAUCUGUGGACAGGGUCGGGACUGACGUGGUGUAUGCAAAGGGAAUAUAUCCCAAGGAUGAGCAACUGGGAGUUGACAUGACGCGGUGCAUCCACGCUACGAUUCUAUGCUACAAACAGGCUAUUCACGUGUCGGCGGGCGACAUUCACGCACAAGCCGUGGCAAAUUAUAACCUGGGUUGGGCGGAAUACCGAGCUCAUGUUUGCCUACCUGGGCAUCUGCGAAAGAAAUCUAGCAACUACAUCAAGGCUUCUGUGAGGGCCCUAAAACGGGCCAUCGAGUUGGAAAGUGGUAAUGCGGACUUCUGGAACGCCCUUGGUGUUGUUACCAGUGAAAUCAAUCCGGCUGUUUCACAACACGCCUUUGUCAGAAGCUUGCACUUGAAUGAACGAAGCCCUGUCGGGUGGACGAAUCUUGGCGUGCUCGCAUUGCUAUCAGGGGAUACUCAGCUGGCCAGCGAAGCCUUUACCAGAGGACAGUCUGCCGAUCCUGAAUAUGCGCACGCCUGGCUCGGCAAAGGGUUCCUUGCACUUCUUUCUGGAGACACAAGGGAAGGCAGGGGUUUGUUUACGCACGCAAUGGAAAUCGCAGAGGCCUCCUCAGCGCCAACCCGCAAGCAUUACUCGUCAUCUCUUUUCGACCAUAUUUUAACAGCUCCUGCAAACCUGACUGUGGCCUCUCUUAUUCAACCUUUGUUUGGUCUGAACCAGGUGCAGAAUAUGCGGCCACAGGACCUUGCCUUCGGCCACCUAUCGACAUUGUUUGAGGAACGAACAAGGGACAGCUCCAGUGCUGUCAAGACGCUUGAGAAGCUGUGCAGCGUCAUUGAGACUGACUAUGAAACGACAGAGUCUAGAGAAAGCCUCGCCAGAUUUACCCUGGCACGAGCAGAUCUUGCAAGGGCAUACCUCGCAGCCGGAGAGUACGCCAAAGCGGUCGAGUGCGGUGAGAUGGCUCUCGGCCUGAGUAGCGACGAAGCCGACAGCGAACUCAGUGGCGAGCAGCGGAGGAAGGCCCGGCUAUCGUCACAUCUUACCGUCGGGCUGGGGCAGUACUACCUUGAGCAAUAUCAAGAAGCCGAGACAUGCUUUGAGGCGGCUCUCGAAGAAUCAGACAACAAUCCAGACGCAACAUGUCUUCUAGCCCAGGUUCUAUGGGCACGGGGAACCGAGGACUCACGAGAUAAGGCCCGUGCAGCCCUCUUCGAAGUUAUCGAAAAGCAGCCCGACCAUGUGCAAAGCGUUCUCUUGCUCGGCGUGGUGGCCGUGCUAGACCAAGACGAAAGCAGUCUCGAGGCGGUUGUCGAGGAACUCCAAGGUCUCCGCACAAACGACAAGGUCAGCUCAACAGAACAGUCGCAAAUUGGAGAGGUGCUUCGCGGCAUUGCGGGCAUGGCAGACGGCCAUACACAGCAAGACAUGAUACAACAGGUCCAAGAGGACGUUAUGCUGUACCCUCACCUUCCACACGGUUGGUCAUCACUGGCAGAGACCACGGGAGACGAGUUCGCUGCGCAAAUGGCAUUGAAGGUUGCUGCCAGAGGCAUUCCGCCAAGGGGUGUUUUGGACUCCCAGGAUCUGGCAAAGGCAUAUGCGGGCACGGGCAAGGCAGCUGAGGCACAGAGGGCGGCGUUCUUGUCGCCUUGGGAAGGAUGUGGAUGGACAGCCUUGAAAGCUGCCACUGCAGGAGUAUGA